AUGUCAUUUCAGGAAACUCACCAGACAUCAUUUUUAUCUAUAUACCAAGAGAGCAGCUUCUCAUCAGCCCAGGUCGGUGACAAAGUGACCUUUCGAUGUUUCUACAAAGGUGACGAUUCAGCAUGGGUCUGCUGGUACAAGCAAAGCCUGGGGCAGAAGCCAAAGCUCAUUUCGAGCUUCUAUAACUAUAGAAGAACAAUGACUUUUUAUCACGAAUUCCAGGACAGUCGUCGUUUCCAGAUGGAUGCAGAGAAUCACACUUACUCCCUGACAGUUUCGGAUCUGCGUGUUUCAGACUCAGCGACUUACUACUGUGCAGUUAACUACGCAAAGGUUUUGACUUUUGCUGAGGGAAAAACAGUUAGUGUUAGAGAUUCGGGUUCUGGCAGUCAGGCUUCGGUCGCUCAGCCAAAAUAUGCCACCGUCCCAUCGGGAGGCUCUGUGACUCUCAACUGCACUAUACAAACUGGGAGCUGUGGUGGAGAACACACAGUUUACUGGUUCAGAACCUCUGAUGGAUCUACACCAGGGCUGGUUUACGGACACAGAGCCAAGAAUGAGCAGUGUGAGCCGAAUCCCUACAGACAGACACACACCUGUGUGUAUGACCUGCCUGUGGAGAAUCAGGAUGCGUCUCAUGCUGGGACCUACUACUGCGCUGUCGCCUCCUGUGGACACAUCGCUUUUGGAAACGGAACCACGUUGAAUUUCUCUUUAGGAGAAGGAAACAUCUUGUUUUACCUCUUUGUGGGAUCUCUGUUUGGGUCUGUCGCCACCGUCCUCGUUGUUUUACUGAUUAUCUUUGUGAACACGAGAAAGAGAAGAACUCACCGAGCCACGGAGUCCAGACUGCCUGUGGCCCGCACCAUAAUAACCGAUAAUGAUCACAGAGACUCAAGCGACCUCCACUAUGCAGGUAUAAGGGUUGAGUCAUCCAGCAGAUCGCAGAAAAAGAGGAAGAGCAGCCAGUGUGUCUGCGUCUACUCCAGUGUAAACCAUGAGAAAUAA